AUGGUGCAGGAAACAACAGGAACACUAACGAAGGAAGAUUUAGCAAAAUUACCUUCGUAUAAAGAAUUCUACAGUAAGUUCAAUGACGGCUGCGGUGGUUGUGACAGAGAAUCUUGGGUCCAAGGCUUGAAGGAGAAUUUCGAUGGACAGCAUACCAGUAUUAGCAAACAUACGGAUAAAAUUAAAAACACAUGGUGUUGUGUUUCCAAAAUGGACAAAAGCGGACAACCACUCUAUGGUCAACGUUGUAAUUUCCUAUACUAUUGGAUAGGGGACUUCCUAUUCCGGAAUGUGGAAGAUGCUACCAUGGUUCCGGUCACUUUAAGUUUGAUCUGUAGAAAUAUAAAGACUACGUAUCUGAGUGAAAGGCACGGACUUAUUUGUGAAACUACUGAAAAAGAACUUUUCAAUAAUAGAAAACUGAUAUUUGAUUAUUGGCAAGACUAUAAAACUAUACAAUCGCUUAUGAAGAGUAGUGAUUCCAAUUGUAAUGCGACAUAUGGCAGCUACUUACAAAGCAUUGUCGCAGCAUAUAAUUCUGUGAAUGCAAAUUGUACGGAUCCUGCAAAUAGCAAAGGUCCAUAUUGUACCAAAUUUCAAGAAAUGUUUAAUGGUGGCGGAAUCCCGAAGCCAUCAGAACUCAUAUGUGCUGAAGAGCAUUCAGAGAAAUCUUCAACGCAGCACCAUAGUGGACAUCCUGAAUUAGGAGCUGCUCCAAUCGUAUCAUCUGCACUUGCUACCACCAUUGGAAUUGGCACCGCCAUUGUUUUUUAUUUGUAUAAGGUAAUUGUAAUGAAUAUUAUAUUCAAAAUAUAA